AUGGCUCAAUCUGAGCCUGCCCAACAUGAUUUACGGGGAGUUUCUUCCGCUAAUAGAUCCAAUGGUACUGAGAGCCCACAGGCCAGUUAUCCGGCAUCUCCGGCACUUGCAUUUCCAGAUUCAGACCCCCUAAAUAUCCUAGAUCAUCAGCGAAACGUGCAUCUUCCGUCGGACUUGCAUUUGCGCGAUUUGGAAUUGAUGCACCAUUAUUCCACAGUCAGCUACAAGACUAUUUCUCGUCACAGUGCAUUUAUGGACUCCUUCCAGUUUGAAGUGCCAAAGAUUGCAUUGUCUUACCCAUUCCUAAUGCAUGGGCUCCUCGCGUUAUCGGCUUCGCACUUGGUCCAUCUCAACAAAGAUAGUGAGCGAGUCAAGGAAUACGAGGAGCUAGCAUUUGGCCAUCAGACGUUGGCUCUCAGAUUGUUUCGAGGAGAGCUGGACAACAUUACGCCAUCCAACAGUGAAGCGAUGUUUGCCUUUUCCAGCAUUGUGACAGUGCUUGGGUUUGCUUCUCUACAAACUACUGGGGUCCAAUCAUUGCCUCCAAUUGACGAGAUGCUUCAAACUUACAAUCUAUGCCGCGGUGUCUCGGAAAUCCUACAGACCUCGAACCCAUGGCUCAAAACUUCCAAUAGUUGGGUACCAAACGUAUUGGCCAGCAUGCGGAUGCCAGAAAAGCCGCUACCUGCAGAUAUAGAAAAAAAUAUCUCGCUCCUCUUUAAGCUCAAUUCUGAUUUAACUGUGACUGGACAAACUAUGGAGGAGACAGCGGCUAGUGAGAACGCGAUAAGUGAGAUAUCAACAACAUUCCAACAAGUUCAUUCUGGGUUUGCUGUUGCAUGGGCCUUUAGAUGGCCCAUUUGUGUGGCACCAAUUUUCAUUUCAAACCUGAGAGAUCGACGGCCCAUGGCGCUGGUUUUGUUAGCACAUUACUGUAUACUCUUGCACAAGAUGGACGAUUUCUGGUGGAUGAAAGGGUGGCCCCGUCGACUGCUGCACUCGAUAUACACCACCCUGGCUCCAUCUUGGAGGGAUGCCAUUCGCUGGCCUGUGGAAGUUAUUGGUUUGAGCAGUCCAGGUGAAUAG